AUGGCUCUGCGUACACACCAACAGUUAUCAGUGAAUGAUGAAGCAGCAUGUUGUCGACAUUCUAAACAAUCAAAUGCUCGAAAUCAUGAAAAUAUUGGUGCAGAAUGUGACAGUCUAUCGGAUAGUGUUCAUAGCUUCCUACCGAAUGCAUUACCUGGUGUACAGUUAGGACAUAGUCGCCAUAUUCAUUCAGAUUCACAGUACCUUCAUAUAAACGAAUAUGAUGAUGAUCAUGAUGGUGGUGAUGAUAAUGCCUAUUUAGAGGGUCGGACUACUAAUGGGCACCAAUUCAAGAUUAAUGAAAAGUCAGUUAAUCGUGAGUACAAAAAGUAUCAAAUGAAUAUUGUCAGUCUAAUGCAACGUGCUAUCACUGUUUUAAAUUUAUUCGCUGCAAGUCAAUUAGGCCAUGAUCCUGAUACAUUACUCACAAAACUCAAAAUGAAUAAAUGUUCUGAUCAAAAAGCUGGUAAGGCAAACUCAGCUGCUGUAGAGAAAGCUAAAGCUCAACAUUGGGGUACAAUUCGAGCUCGUCUUGAAGUUGCAAUAAAUGUUGUCCAGGAGAAAGUGGCUAAUCUGGAAGCUUACAGGCUGACGAAAACACCAUCAAUUAAUUUAUAUCCUACACAUCAUACAAUACCGAAUAUCAUUUGGCCAAAUAAUGCAUCAUCAGAAACUCAUCAACUUUCUGUCCCCUUAGGACGUGAAAGUCCAGACGGUAAACCAAGUGUACCAACAAGGAGUAAUAUAGUUAGACCGUUUGCAUCAACACGAAAAGGAUUUAGUCAAGAUGAAGUUCCAGGGACUCAGAUAGCUUUACUUGUUCAAAAUUUACAUGAUGCUAGUUUGCGUGCAAUGUUACACGGUGGUAGACCAGAUCGAAUCUUCUCCGAUAUACUUUUACACAGUGAGAAGACUGAACUCACUUCAUGUACAGAAGAGAAUGAUGACCCGUCGAAUGGUCCAUAUGAAACGGAAGAGUUCCUACAUACUGAAGCUGAACGGACUGUUGUACUUGUUGUACGUCGAUAUUUCUGCCCUGCUCUACGUGAUCUCAUUGAACAUGGUCUCAUAAAGAAGGCUUUGUCAAUGAUUGAUGAAAAUUCACCUCUUGGUUUAGUUAAUAAACGAAGCAUUUUCCUACUUCGUCCUAUUCUAAACUGUUUAGACUUAAAAUCAAGAAAUUAUUCAGAGGAUGGAUUUGAGUCUUUAGACUUGAAUGAACCCUCAUUGAAUGAUGAACUGUACACAAAAUAUUCUUCAGUAUCUCGUUCUAAUCAUUUGGGAUUUCAUGCUUGGGAUGUAUUAAUGAAGUUUUAUCAAAUCAAAAAUGGUCCACGUUAUAAUGACUCACCAGCAAGAAAACUAUGUGAAAGCUUUGAUUUAGACACUGUUGGUGGGAUGGUGAUAACAAAUCGUCAGAGAUUCUUCAGUGCUAUGGGUAAUGUUCUUCGAGGUCAUCUGGCUUACAAACGCAGUAAAGAUGCUAAAUUUAAAGCGUUUGUCAGUAUUGCACUCAAUGAACAUAAACUAGUUCCUUGGUUAAGAAUGAUCUUUCGUAAUCAUGCAUUCGUUCAGUGCAUCUAUGAACCAUGGAGUUAUACAUUAAGUACAGGAUUUGUCGAUGUUUUAACUUCAUUGAAUAAAUUGACCGGUCUUGAAUUCAAUCUCCCCUACGAUUACAGUAUUCGUCAUUUAAAAGAGAUACAUGAUGCCUUUUAA